CCUCGGCCUGUGUAACCCAUUGUUUAUAAAGAGCCACUGGCCGCAGAAGCCACCAAGCUCUCAAGCCAGCCGUGGGUUCUUUGCUGAGGAACGAGCCUGGAAAGUAAGAGAGAAAAUGAAAACAAAGAGGGAGGCUGACCCGGGCCAUACACGGUGACCAUGAAGCAGGACGCCAUCUCCCCGACGGGUGGGCGGAGGACUCGGCUACUCCCCUGGCCAUACAAGGCUUGGCCAGAGCUCUCACGGGGACACACCCCUUGUGUCACCCUUGCCCUCCCAGCUGGGUGCUCUACAGAUGUGAGACACAAGCCAGUAACACCAGCAAGAAAGGAGCUUGCCGAGGGCGGCGUCUGGAGAAGGUUCUUGGGAGGCUGUCAGAAAUGAGUUUCUCACUGAACUUCACACUGCCGACCAACACGACUUCCUCCCCAGUUGUUACAGGUGGGAAAGAAGCAGACUGUGGGCCUUCUCUUGGGUUAGCAGCCGGCAUCCCGUCCCUGGUGGCCACAGCCUUGCUGGUGGCUUUACUGUUUAUACUGAUUCGCCGAAGAAGCAGCAGCAAGGAGUCCGCCGAGGAAAGUGAGAGGCCAUGUGAAAUUUCAGAAAUCUAUGACAAUCCCAAGAUUGCUGAGAAUCCUAGGAGGUCACCCACACAUGAGAAGAAUAUUACGGGAGCAGAAGAAGCCCACAUAUAUGUGAGGACUGUAGCAGGAAGUGAGGAACCCAUGCAUGACACUUACCGUCCUACUGUUGAAACGGAGAGAAGAAGGGGAUUGUGGUGGCUUAUGCCCAGACUGAGCCUGGAAUGACGCAUUUCAGUCAAGGAGAAGAUAUGGAGCUGGAACAGAGCUGAAAACCCAUGGAUUUUUGCUCGGAAUGAGGAGAGAUGCCAAGCUGCUUCUUAACCUAUCUAAAUUUCAUGUGUAGAUCUGGAAAACUUUCAGGUUGGUUUGUCUCUGUAGGUGACAGAGCUAAAGGUUCAUUCCAACACUCGGAUCUUGUUGUUUAAUAAGCAGUGAAGCACCAAGUGAGGCCCAGAAGGAGCCCUUUGAUCCUAUUCUUGACCUAUGCUUUUCUUUUCUUUAUGAUUUUGGGGAAGGGACUUGAUUUCUGUGUGUUUUGCCUUAUCUUUUUUCACAUCUCUUUUCUCAAAAAAAAAAAAAAAUCAUCAGACCUGGCUUCUGUGGGAAGGUUGGCCAAGGUCAGCAUGGUGCAAGUUGGGUUAUAAAUAAAACUUAAAUUGGAUUAUGAGGGGAAGCAGUUUCUUAUUUCUGAACAUCUCAAGGUAGAAAUCCUGUGGAGCCAUAUGUUCCCUGACUACAGGGGUAGCACAUGCUCCCAUUUGUGUCUGUGCUCAAAGAGUAUUUAAGGAAGGCAAUUCUGCAGUAGACUCUCUCUCCCUGUGUGUG